AUGGACGGCACCGGUACGGAUAAAGGACCCGGGGUGCACAACUACCACCGCUACUACGAGAGGUGGUUUGCGCCUUUUCAGCAUAAAGCUGGUUUGAAAAUCUUGGAGAUCGGAGCUCAACAAGGCAAAUCAUUGCAUGCCUGGAGCAGAUAUUUCACUGAUGCUGCUAUCAUAGCUGGGCUGGCAUAUGGUGAUAGAACUGACAGGGUGGCGAACAAUUCGAAAUCUUGGGACAAAGUUGUUGUGUUUUGGGGUGAUCAGUCCAAGAACGAGACCAUGCAGAUGCUGAGAGGAAAAGGCCCAUGGGACAUAAUCAUAGAGGAUGGAUCACAUUAUCCACCUCACAUGAUCUUCAACUUCUUUUCGCUUUGGUCAUCUGUUGAACCUGGUGGUUUGUAUGUCGUUGAAGAUUUGCAGACCAACUAUUGGAAAGACGGGACAGUUUUUUAUGGGUACAACAUGGUCGGGAAAGGCAUUGCAGCUGGCCCCGAGCACAGUGCUGUGGCAAAGUUUAAGCAGUUUAUAGAUGUCCUGAAUCACCGCCAGAUUGGUGCUCCUGAGCUGACCAUCAUGCCAGGAGAUGAUCAAAUCUGUUCCAUUGAGUGGGGCAUGAACCUCGUUGCGUUCAAAAAAUGCAGUGAAGAAGACUCAAAGCACAUGCCCGAUGUUGGGCGCUUCGGCAAGUUGUACGAGCUGCAUGUCCCUGCCUGCAAAAUCCAAAACACAAAGCGCGUCCUGGUGGACGUUUCCGUCAACAUCUCCGUGACAGAUUUCGACUUGCCUGUCACCAUACCUGUGCUGCCCCAGUUCGAGACAAAGUUGCGCUGUGACACGAAUGUCCUUUACACCGGCGACUUUCCGCCAAACACGGAGGUUCUGCACAGGAUGCUCAGUGACCUGGUUCGGCUACAUCCAGAAUGGGAGAGCUUGAACAUGUGGGUCCACUUUCAUUUUCAGUUCGAACAUCUUAUUGUCUUACCGAGCAGUGCUACGAAAGACAUGCCGUCCCAGGCAAGCAGCCAAGACAUCGCAGAAGCUGCAAAAGCUUUUUAUGGGCAAAGUUUGUCUGCACGCAGUAUUGAUGGGACUGGCGAGGCCUACCGUACGCGCCUAAAUGGUUGCUAUGUGAGAGAGGAUUUUUGCAAUGCCUCCAGAGACAUCAUAAUAGAGUAUGCUGUGCCGAAUCUCGCUGCUCUUCGUGAAGGACAAGCCGUGCCCACAGAAGUCUUGAAAUCAGUGGUUUACAUACCUUCAAUGCCAUACAACCUCUACAGGGAACGCCACGGCCGCGACCCCUCUGUCGUCAUCACCACUUGGAACGAGGUUACUCUGGCCAAAGACUACCGCCCCAGGCGGCGAAACAUGUUGCAGCGCUUGCAGCAGAGGAACAUCCAAGUGCGCAACAUGGUGGGGUUCCCGGACUGUUCCAGCAAGCUGCGCGACAUGCUCAGAAGCACCGCCAUCAUGCUCAACGUUCACCAAACUGACUUCCAUCACACUGUUGAAGAGUUUCGACUGCUGCCAGCCAUUCUGUGCGGUGUGGUGGUCAUCUCGGAGGUGGUCCCAUACAUGUCCGAAAUUCCCUGGAAGGAUUAUGUGGUCUGGGCUACGGCCGAGGAGUUUCCGAGCACCGUUGAAUAUGUCCAGGCUAACUAUGCAACGGUCUUUGACUCCUUCUUCGGGCCAGGGUCAAAGCUUCCCAAUGUUUUACAUGGCAUUUGGCGACACUGGAUCAACGUUACGAAUCCUUUACUGUUGUGGCGAUACGUUAUGUUUACACCUGCGAAGAAGAUUGUUCUUGGCCAUUAUGCUUGA